AUGAAACAGAAAGAAUAUAGAUUAAAGCAGUUGGAGCAAGAGAAAAAGCAGCAGCUGGAUGAAAAAAACAAACUAAUAGGUUUGGAGCAGUUGGAAAAAGAGGGUCUUUCAAAUAAAAUUCAAAAAUUAGAGGGUACUAUAGAAAAUCUUCACCAACAAAUCGAACAACAAAAACAAACUAUGAUGAUUAAUAACUCCAAAUUAAAGGAGCAGAAAGAAGCAGAGGUCAAACAAAAAGAAAACGAAUUAAAGAGAUUAGAAGAAGAAAAAACACUGCAAUUAGAAGAACAAAAAAAGCUUAUUGGUGUUGAAAUUAAGGAAAAGACCAACCUUUCAAAUAAGAUUCAAUUACUCGAGGGUACUAUAGAGCAGCUUAAACAGCAAAUUCAUGAACAAAAGCAAACAAUGGUAGUCAAUGAUAAGAAGAUUCAACAACAAAGAGAAGAGGAGAUCAAGGAAAAAGAAGAUGAGUUGACGCAGCUAAAAGAAGAACAAAAACAACAAUUGGAGGAACAAGAAAGAUUAAUUAGUGUAGAGGUUAAGGAAAAGAAAAAUCUAUCCAAUAAGAUCCAAUCAUUAGAGGGUACUAUAGGCCAACUAAAACAACAAAUCGAGCAACAAAAGCAAUCAAUGUUAUUAAAUGGCAGUAUGAUUGAGCAACAAAGACAAGAGGAAAUUAAGAAAAAAGAAGAUGAAAUCAGAGAAAAAGAGUUUAAACUAAAACAACUGGAACAAGAAAAAAUAAAGCAACUGGAGGAGCAAAGGGAUUUAAUUAAUAGUGAAAUUAAAGAAAAGCAAAACCUUUCAAAUCAAAUCGGGUCGUUACAAGAAACCAUAAGUUUAUUAAAAGAGCAAAUUGAACAUCAAAAGCUAUCAACAGUUCAAAAUGAUUCUGAUUUUAAACAGCAAAUAAAAGAAGAGGAGAUUAAACUUAAAGAAGAAAUUAAAAAGAAGGAGCAAAAAUUAAAACAAUUGGAAGAGCAACAAAGACAAAAACUAGAUGAACAAAACAAACUAAUCAGUAACCAAGUUAAAGAAAAAGAGAGCUUGUCAAAUAAAAUCCAAUCAUUAGAGAGUACCAUAGAUCAACUCAAACAACAGCUUGACCAACAAAACCAAGCCAUAGGUAUCACCAAUGAUCAUACCAACACCCAAUACCAAGAUCUUUUACAAAAACAAUUAAAAUUAAAACAACUUAAAGAUGAACAAAAAAAAUUAAUCAAAAUCAAAAUUAGAGAAAAAAAAGAUUUAUCCAAUAAGGUUCAAUCAUUGGAGGAAACUAUAUCCCAGCUCAAACACCAAUUAGAAGUUUCGAAAAACCAGGAAUCUUUCAUUUACUCAUUUUGGAAAAAGAUAAAAUCAUAUUUUAAUUUUAAUAAUAAUGAUAACAAUAAUAGCCCAAAUAUAGAUAAUAAUGGUUACAAUAAUCAUGAUAAUUAUAGUGAUAUAGAAGAGGAUGGAGAUAAAAUUUUUAUUUAA